GAAAAGAAAAGAAAAAGGUCUCAUUGAGUCAUUCGCAUGAGCAGCAGUCGGUGGCUGCUGUAGGCCACCCGGUAUCUGAAAGCCUGUUGGAUCACCACGUUUCACGUCAUUCCCAACCAACCCCCCUCCCUCCUCCCCCCCAUUUUCCCCCUUCCCCUCUUAGGGUCGGGCCUUUUUCUUGGCCGCUUUUCCAGAAGUCAUGUCGAGGAAAGUCCCUCACGCCGCCUUCUGUGAGGAAUACGAUGAAGAUGCCCAUGUCAUCCUCCCAGAAACCCGUCAAGUCGCCAACCUCACCUCCAAGCGUUCUAAGCCUGCCUUGAGAUCGCCUGCGUCCCCCCUAGUCGAUAUUGCCAGUGAUUCCGGGUAUUCUAGUCGCACCGCCGCCACCGUCAACAGCACCCAAUCUGGGCCGUCGGGCCGGAAGAGCCCUGUCCCUCUUAAAUUAGACACCUCCCUCGUCAAGCGAGCUGACCUUGACCGCGUCCGAUCCAAAGCCAAAGAACGUCCUUCCAAAGAACGGAUCGCUCGUCCAUCCCGUGAGGACAAAAUGCAGGUCGGUCCUUACCCUAACGGCAUGGGCCAUCCUGCUGCCCAUGCCCAGCGGUCCCCAUCUCGGUCUCGAGGACGCGAGACUUCUCAAGUGCGGCACUAUCGUGGCACUUGCUGGGAGUGCGACAAUGGAUUGUACCAUGCCUCGACUCCGGUCGAAAGCCGACCGAUGGAAUACCCUUACUACAUGUCGCAGCCUCCCUCGUCGGGUCAAGACUAUCCUCCCCCCUCCCCGCGAGAUCCUCGCUACGCUCCCAACCCGGUCCAGGACAUUCAAGUGUCGCGCAGCGGGCGCCCACCCGCCCGGGGGAAUGCCUCCCUCUACCAUCCCAACAACCGACCUGUCAGCUUCCAUGGCAUGAUGCCUGGUAUGGGACAAAUGAUGUACCCACCACCAUCCAACAUGGGUCGCUACGAACAUGGCCCUCCGCUGUCCUCGUCGGCGUAUGCCAACAGCCCGUCGUACGGGCCCUCCCCGUACUCGCAGCAAUCUUACUAUGGUAUGCCCGAUUUUGUUCCCCCCUCCGAGCAUCGGCAGGGACGCUCGGCUUCCAGCUCGCGGGAUCAACCCCGUGGUCGCCGCUCGUCUAUGUAUGGUUCGCCGGUGGUUGAUUACGACUCUGCCUCGGCGGCCUUCGAUGACGAAGAGCCCUUGGACACCAGCCCUCCGCCGCCACCGCGUGAGCAUCGACCCCGACUUCCUUCCCAUUCUUCCCAUGAACGCGACGAGGAUUAUUACCGCAUGCCUCCGCCGCCCAUCAAACACCGGGCUGCCCCGCACAUCAUCCAGAAACGCCCCGAGCCGCGAAAGGCCGUCACGGCCCCAUCCGCGCCGUCCAUUGCGUCCGACCGUCGCUCGACUCGGUCUUUCGAGAUGGGUGAUCUGAAGGAUGCGUUGCCGUCUGACGGCUACGGAUACCGGCGCUCCUCUCGAGAGACCGUCGUUCCUGAGCGGAGCCGCAGCUUCCGGCGCUCUGCUGCGUAUCAUCAGGAAUCUGCGCGACCGUCUCGAGUGGCCGUUGCAAAUUCGCGCCGCCGUCAACCAACCAUCUACGACUUCCCCGACGAUGAUGAAGACGAGGAUGAGGAGGAUGAUGAUGAUGAGAUGGAUGUAAAGCAGCGCGAUGCAGAGGAGUAUCAAGACACCACCCGCCAGAGCAAGGUGCCUCCGGCGCCGCCCGUGCCGUUGACCGCCGAUGCUCUCUACAAAGCCAAAGCAUCCCACCGUGCCGAGAGCGACAGUGGAAGUCAGAAGAGCCGCUCAAACAGCAGCCGAGGCAGCGAUGCCCGAACCCAGAGUGGCAGCAACGCCGGGUCCAAGCCCGAAGAGGACAACAACAUCGUCAUGACGCUGAAUGGGGUUACCAUGAGUUUCCCGCAGGAUUCUGUGGGCGGCAAAAGGAUCAGUGUCCGGACCGGCGAAACCGGCGCGGUCGAGCUGAACAUUGAAGGCAAACAACGGCCGAAGAAGUACCUCACCAAUGGGUCUGAGUACACUGGCAGCGUGGCCCCUAGUCGGAGGGAGAUUGAAGACCCCCGGCGGGCGCGAGGUGACCGCAAGUCCGAUCGAGCCAGUCACCGGUCCAGCCGCUCGACCUACGGUCGGUUCUAGUUGGCUGGAUGUUAUGCCACGCUUGUCUUUUGUUCACACUUCAUGGGUUAGAUUUCUGGAGCGACGAGCGCUGUUUGCUAAAAAGUUCUUCUAUUCUUCUUGGGCGGUCAUUGUUCUGCGGAACUAAGAACAGUCAAAUGCCACACACGUCUGAUACAUUCUGUCCUGGGUCUUGGAAAAGUUGAAAGGGUCGUUUUGGAGAAAAGAGGUUGCUUUGUCAUGGGAGGCUUCCUUGCAUUGAAUGGUUCUUGAAUGGUU